AUGGUCUUAAGUGAAGAAGGUGCUGUAGAAUCUAGCCAAAAAGGAAUUGCCAGGACAUUUCAAUCCUUUUACCAAGACCUUUUUUCCACCUCUCAUCCGAGGAACAUAGAAGCUGCUCUACAUUCUAUCCAGCAUCUACUUAGUGAAGGGAUGAACUCCUCACUUACUAGGGCCUUCACUGAAGAAGAAGUGGUAGCAGCCAUCAAAGUCAUGAACCCCAUUGGGUCUCUUGGCCCUGAUGGGAGAAUAAUUUCUGACAAUGUAGUUGUUGCAUAUGAACUUUUGCAUUCUAUGCAAACCAGACUAAAAGGGAAAAGUAAUGGUUUUAUGGCCUUAAAACUAGACAUAAGUAAGGCUUAUGACCAUGUGGAAUGGGAGUUCUUGUAUAAAGUAAUGCUUAAAAUGGGCUUUGCUGUCACUUGGGUAGACUUGGUGAAUCACCUUCUAUUUGCAGAUGACAGUCUAGUUUUUUGCAAAUCCAAUCCAGAUGAAUGGAGUAGAUUACAGCAAGUACUCAGUAAUUAUGAACAAGUUACGGGACAAAGAAUCAACCUUGACAAAACCUCCAUCUUCUUCAACAGCAAUACCAAGCAAGAGAUCCAACGAGCCAUUUUAGAGCAAGCAGGGAUUAAACCUUCUGGUCCUUUUGACAAAUAUUUGGGACUACCAUACUAUGUUGGAAGACAAAGAAUCAAAGUUUUCAGUUUAGUGCUGGACAAAAUCAAGACUAAAAUGGCUAGUUGGAAGACUAAUGAUAAGUGGCUCCCAAGCCCUUCCACCUAUCAAGUGCAAUCACCUGUAAACAUCCUGACUAUUAAGGCAACAGUCUCAGAACUCAUCAACCCAGAAACUAUGCAAUGGGACUUACAUCUCAUCCAUGCCAUUUUCUCAGAGACUGAGGCCAAUUUAAUUAGUAGGAUGACUAUUAGCCCUUGCAGGAGUCAAGAUGUGUUGAAAUGGAGGUACUCAGACAAUGGAAAAUUCUCAGUGAGAAGUGCCUAUCACCUACAAGGCACAAUGAUGGAAGACAGAAGGGGGCAAUCCUCAACACAGCCCCAACUAUCGAGCUUUUGGAAGAAAAUUUGGGGUAUCCAAGCACCCCAAGCUACUAUGUCUUUUAUGUGGAGAGCAUCUAGGGAGUCCCUUGCUACUAACCUAAACUUACAUAAGAGGAAGGUGGUGGAGUCCCCCCUCUAUCCAAUCUACUCCAAGUUUCCUAAAUCAGUUACUCAUGCCCUUUGGACUUGCACAACAGCCCAAGAUGUAUGGUCCAUGAGUUCAAGAAAGAUACAAAAGUUAAGUAUUCUGAGUGGCUCCUUUAAAGAGAUACUGAUGCCUAUCUUGGACCAACUAUCCCCCCUGGAGUUCACAGAAGUAGCAGUCACUGCAAAGGCAAUCUGGCAUAGAAGGAACUCUUGGUUAUUUGAGCAACAAUUUCAUUCCCCCUUUCAUGUGUCAAAGCAGAUCCAUGCAGAGUUGAUAGUUAUUGGCCUAUGGAUAGAUAAUGGGGGAAAACAUUCCAAGAUCCAGGUGGAACAUAGUACUCAAUGGUCUGCCCCUCCACCAGAUUUCUACAAAGCUAACUAG